AUGGAUGCCGCAAGUAUAAGAAUAGAUUCGACGUUUUUAGAGCAACAUCAAGGUAGAUUGGUCCGUAUUAUGGGUAAAUGCCAAUCGUAUGAUCCAUCUUCAAAUAAUUCCAUUCUCAUAAGUAAUGGCCCUGUUACAUUAAUUUCUAACCCAGGAGAAGAAUUAGUGGUAAAUAAGAAUUAUGAAAUCAUCGGAAAGGUUGGAACUAGUGAUCUUUCGGUAAGAGUAUUGUCCGCUAUUGAAUUAUCGGAUAAUUUAAAUUUUGAUACUGCCCAAAAAUUGGUAAGCUAUGUUCACAAAGUUCCAGAAUUAUUCUACUAA